AGGAGGAAGAGGAGGAAGAGGAGGGCAAAAGGAGAAGAAGGAAGAAGGGCAGCUGGGCCUCGGCCGGGUCCCGACGGGCUGAUGGCAGCGGCGGAGGGCGAGGGGGGACGGCCAAUGAGGGCGGCCGGAGGGGGCGGGGCGUCGCCGUCUAUUUUGUCCCGCGGCCGCUGAGGGGAAGCGUCGUCGUUCAUAUGCAGAAGUGCUGGCGGCCAGCGCGGCUUCAGCUCCCGGCCUGGGCUGCGGCGGCGGUGGGAUCCUCGGCGGCGGAGGCGAGCGCGGGCCGCCCGCACCUCCGCACCCUGCGCAGCUUCCGGGCCCCCCGACGGCCGCUGCCGCCCCCGGCUCCCUCCCUCGCCCGCGGCGGCUGCUGCUGCCCUCGGGGCUCGCCUCCCCCGCUCCAGCACCCCGGACCCGGCUGCCGCUGCUCCCGCUGCUCGCACUGCCAGCGGUCGCGCCCGAGCCACAGAAAAGUAGGCAUGAACCCCUGAGAGUAUCUUCAAAGUAAACUCUUCACCUGUAAAAUCGAAGUGUAAGUCUUGAGAUUGACUAGCGUAGAUCCAGCGAUGACCCAAGAUUUGUGAAGUGGGACACGGAGGAGCACUGAUGCUUGUCAGCGUGAGCAGUGGAAAAGGGACCCCUACCAUGGUAACAUUAAUAACAGAAAAGCUACAGAACCAGAGCUUGGAUGAUCUCACCUGUAAAACAUACAAUAUUAAUCUGUACUCAUCUGAGGAGCUGAACAAAAGUGGCAGCUUGUUUCCUUUCGAAAUCAAUGUAGAAGAAAAUCCUUGGAAAGUGUUGAAUGGAGGAUGCCCAAUCCGAACCGAAGUGACCAAGGUUUCAGCUUUCCCUUUCCCAUCAUGCCCAUUUAGUUCGGCAAACAUGUGUCUCCAAUGGCAGAAAGAAUCCCCCAGCCCAUCGAUGGUGUCAGGAUGGAUCAGUGAACUCAACCUGAAUGAAAACUCUGGGCAGCCUCUGGCCCCACCUCCUAAGCGACACUGUCGAUCGCUGUCAGAGCCCGAUGAGCUGGCUCGCUGCCGGUCACCAUGGAAACCUGGCAAUUCCAAGGUCUGGACUCCCGUCUCCAAAAGACGAUGCAACAGUGGCGGCAGUGCCACCUUGCAGCGCUGUAACAGCGGCGGCAGCGCCACCCUGCAGAGAAGCACCAGCAUCAGCCUGCCCCAGAGCGUCCUGUCACUCCAGAACGUGUUCCCCGUCACCGGCUUCCACACGUCUCCGGUGCCCAGGCCCUCUUCAGCCAGCAGCGGCUUUGUGGACAGUAGUGAGGGCAGUACCAGUUCUAGCAUCCGCUGGAAUUCUGCUGGACCUUGUGAUUUUAACCCCAGGCGUCGCCUCUCUCUUUCCCAGGAGCACAUUCCCGAGGCGGGGAACCUCUUGCCUUCAGCUAAUAGCACUCCCACAUCCACACCAGAGCUUAGUCGGCGCCAGGGCUUGUUGAGAUGCCGCUCACAGCCUUGUGUACUGAACGAAAAGAAAAGCCGGCUAAAGCGCAGACGAGAGGAAGACGUGCGGUGGAAUCGCCCAUCUUUAGACUUUUUUAAAAUGACACGGUUUCUCUGGACUGCCACCAAAUAUGUAUCUCCUCAGCCGAGUUCCAGUGGAUCAAAAACUAUGCCAAUAGCUAAUUUUAGAAGAAAGUCUCCUAUGAUUGGUUGGUGUAAUUGGUAGAGUAUCUUGAUACCAUUCAUCUCAAAUAACUUUUGAAGAUAUGCUAAUUUUCAAAAUAUAUUCUUGUAUAUAUGAAUAAAACUAACUUUUCACAAUAUUACAGUUUUUCAAGAUUUACAAUGCACUUUAUGUAUGGUUUCUCAUUUGAUCCUCACAACACCAUCAAGAGACUGGUACAAUUAUUUUCUCUGUUGUACAGAUGAGGAAACUGAGGCUGAGAGGUGAAGCCUCUUGUUCAAGGUAACAUAGUUAAGUGUCUGAGUCAGUAUUUGAACCCAAUUCAGUGUCAACUGAUUCCCGAGGUAGUGUAACUUUUUUGUUUUAAAUAAAAGAAUAUCGACUGGAGGAUCUGGGGUCAGAAUUGACUUUUCUACUUAGUUGUUUUUUGACCAGUAGAAUACCCUCUUUUAGGACUUCAUUUCUUCUUAGAUUAGAGGACUCCCAUGUGCUUUCUAGCUCUAAUAAUUGAAGGACUUUAUAAUCCAAGGACAUUUGAUUUUGAUAUUUUAAAGUAUUAUUUAAAUAUUGGUCCUUAGGAAAAGGCAUUUGUUUGAACUAGUUUGGAGAAAGUAGUCCUGGCAAACUUUUCUGUUCUUAGACAACUUUUGAAAACCAAAGAUUUUUCAUUCCUGCAUUAAAUAAAAAUGUGUAGGGUGCUGGACUAGGAAGUGUUGUGAGGAGCACAAAAAUCAGACUGCCUCAGACUGCAGAGGACAAUCCCAUGGGAGUACACAGUCUUUGUAGUUCAGAUCUGUAUUAAAUACUGAAAUCCUUCUUGUUCAUUCACUCACAACUUAGUGGUGAAACAGAGAAGUGGACUGAAUGCCCUCACAUAAAAUCUUCAUUUUAGUAUAGGUAUAUGUAGAGAUACACUCAUGGAAACAGUGCUCUUAGUGAUGUAACUGGAAUCUGAUUUUUUCAUAGAUAAGUUAUAUUGAGAUUUAUUCUUGAUCAAGACUGUGGUGUGAUAGGAAGAGUUUUGCCUCUAGUCGUGACCUGAAUGCACAUUUAGGCCCUGCUGAUCAGCCAGCAGAACACUAAAUAAUUACUGAGAUGGAUAAAGUAUUUGAACUUUUGCCCAGUGCUUUAUAAGAGAGGAAGGCAUUGGAUUGCCUGCUCUGAGGGCCUCAGUUUUCUCAUCUUUAAAA